GACUGCAGAAGAUUUGACGCUUGUUUUGCAGGAGCUCAACCCACUUCAGUCGCGCUUUAAAUCAAUGAACUGUGGAUUUGUGUGCCGCAGUCUCACAACACCUGACUCCAGGGCUGAGAGCUGACUGUGUUUUGUGCCAUCAUCUGUCAGCGGCAGACAGCACAGCAGACAGUGUGCCAUUAAGAUGCAGCUCCGACUGUGCUGACCACCACCACCAGCUCCACAAGUCCCAUCGCCGGACAGCUGACGGGCUGCAGCCUGGAUGUGAUACUGGAUCAGGAAUUUAGCAACCCUGCCUGAGUGUGCGAUAUGAGUGGACCUGCCCUGCCCAUUUGUCUGCUCAUCUGGAUCAUCGGGGCGGCUGUUUCCAGGACGCAAGGUAAGGUCACGGCUCCUGCCAGCGUGAGAGCAGAGGCAGGUCGUCCCCUCCUGCUCGGCUGCAACAUCACCACGGCGACAGGCGACACCGUCCGGCAGGUGCGCUGGCUCAACAAGCACAGCAAGGUCCUGCUGGCGUACAAACAGAGCGCCCCCAUCGUGAUCAGCCACCAGGACGGCAACGUGCAGAUCACCGCCUCCCACAACGACGCCAGCUCCAUCACCAUCAAGAAGGUACGGCCCGACGACGAGGGCUGUUACCGCUGCGUCUUUGACGUUUUCCCCUCGGGCCAGCAAGAAGGCGUAACAUGCAUCAGCAUCACAGGUAAAGUGCGCCUGGAGGGCAACAAGACCGCCGUGAGUGGUCAGCCGUCCACCCUGUCCUGCUGGUACAACCUCCCUGAGAGGGUUCACCAGGUGCUGUGGAGGAAGACGGCCGAGCAGGGCGACACCACCACCGUGGCGUCCUACGCCAAGGACAACCACCAGAGCGUGGCGGAUCAGUUCAUGGGUCGGGUUAGAUUGAGCCGCAGCCUGAGCGACACCCAGCUGACCAUCCAGUCCAUCAGGAUGGAGGAUGAGGCCUGCUACACCUGCGAGUUCCACACGUACCCAGACGGCACCAAAAGCGCCACCGCCUGCCUCUCUGUUUAUGUUUUGCCCAAGACAGAGGUGAGCCAUGUGACCUCAGCCACAGGAGUCACCGAGGCAAACUGCACCGCCCAGUCCCGACCUGCGGCAGAGAUCACGUGGAACGUCGGCGGGGACAACCGGACCCUCGGACCGCCCAUUUCGUCCGCCUACGAGCAGGGCGACGGCACGACGAUCGUGACGAGCACGCUGCUCUUCCAAUCAGGGCUCAUCAGCGACCUGUCCGUCAAGUGCAUCGUGCACCACCCGGGCCUGAAGAAACCCCUGACGGUGCCGCUCAGCACAAACAUGGGUCCAGCCAUGGUCAUCCUCCUCUCAGUGUGUGGUGUGGCGGCGGUCCUCCUCCUCUGUCUGUGUGUGUGUCUCUGCAAGUGCUUCGUCUGCACCGACGACUGAUUUGGAGGCCGGCGUGUUUGCUGCUUUGAUGAGGGUCCAGCGGAGCUCUGAGCCUGACCCAGCUGCUCAGCACCGUGCCCUCCAGCUCAGCCUGCAGAGGAAGGGAACAGAGCCUCCACAGAACCGAGCCCAGUGUGCUGGUUCUGCUCCCACGAGCUGUGAACAUACUGCUAGUGCAGACACAGAUUUAGCUUGUCACUUACUGCAGAGUAAACAGAACUAAAAACCACAUUAUUUAAUGCCAGGUAUUACACUUAGAGUAGAACGGUUACUUUGGCGAUUGUUGAAAUCCGUGUGAGGUCCAGCGUGUGCGUGAGAUGAGGUCAACUCGCGGAUGCAUGAGAAGUUAUAUAUAAAAAAAUAUGUAUUUUAAUUUAAGCUGAUAUAUUUAGCUUGAGUUUGCUCGGUUUGAAGUGUUUUUAGUACCACCAGGCCACAGGGCAGGCUGCGAGACUCCUCAGCUCCUCAGUCCUCUGCACCCUGCACACCUAACGUGUUGCAGAACCACAAACAAAUUAAAAAUCUACUAAAAUCGUAAUUUAAGUAAUUCAUUAAAUCAUUUAUCAGUGGGGAUGUGAGUAGGUCCUAUUCAAAAAGGGCACAAGUGUUAUUUACUCGAAAACCCCACAGCUCUCAUCAGAUGUCGACUGAAACUUUAUCCUGAGUGGUGCAUGGACAUGUGGCAAACACAAAGACACCAACGUGUUUCAGCUGAGGGUUUUGUCUUCAUGCAGCCCUCCUUCACUCACAGCUGAUUGAGAAAGACGUUUUUCCGGGCUGACGCAUCAGCUGGUCUUUGCCACUGCUCCCUGAUUGCUGAGGACAUCCAAAAUGGCCACCACAGGGUAUUACGUCACCUGAAAACCCUCUUAUUUGUGGUUGUCAUAUAGAGAAGAAGGAUGAUUAAAAGGGUGCCGUGUCGGGUUUUGAGCCAGACCCGCAAGUUACGGUAAAUCAGAAAGAAGCAGUGGGGUGGCCGAGGUUAAAAUCUGACUCAAAGGUUGGUUUGAGUGGGACAGAAUGAAAGGUUUGGUAUUUAUAGCUGCUGUGCUGUGCGGGACAGAGAAGAGGGUGGCCGACCUGUAGCCUUCAUGUGUUUGGUGGUUAACAUGGCCCAAACGCAGAUGAAAGAUGCGGCUGUGAAUCACUGUUUGUGUGUGUGUUUUGAAAGAAAUUUUUAACGUCUCCAUGUGUGUACAUGUGCGUUUGUUUGCAUCGUUGUACGGUGUGUGAGCUGUAGGGAGCACCAGUGUGAGAGUUUAGCUUUUUAUUUGGGAUGAUAUUAAUACACGUGCUGUGUACAGGAAGGUUUGGAGAAAAUAAAUCAUUCAUCAGGAAAAAAGAAAAAUCAAUUAACUAUUAAACACAGCUGUUGGAUUUAACUCAACAUCUACCUUUACAGUGAAGUUAUCUGUAUAUAAAGAUAAGGCUUAAGUGUUAAUAAAAGCCGAUAUUGAAGGAAGAAGCUUAGCUCAGUCCUCAACCUGUUGUUUCUUGUUUAUUUCGGUUUAAUGAUCAUGUCUUCAGUUUGUGUUUAUUAAUCAGUAUUCACCUUAUUUAGUGUUUGGAAGUCGGCAUUUGGAGUCGGCAAAUAGAAAUAAAAACCUGAGACUUAA